AUUAAAAAGAGUAUACGAGAAGAUAAACCAUCCAUCGUCUUCCUCAAUUCAACAUUUUCGUUUUCGCAGCUCUCGAAAUUGAAAGGAACCCGUGUUUCAAUACGGUCUUAUGUAGAGUGAAUAGUUUCGUGGUUAAAGACAUAAAAUGGUUUUUGUUUCUCAUCAACCGCAGGGAUUGAAUGUGACAUUUUCAACAAGGAAUUUGCCAUGGAACAAAAGGCUGAAGUUGAAGCAAUGUUUAACAAAACAUCACUUGAUUGGAAGAGCUGACUGGCAUCACAUGUUAAAGCAAACUACUUGUCUAAGUGUAGGGCCUCCUCACAUUUGUGGAUCCAAGUUUACGCCUUUGACGAUUACCGCCUUCAAAGGCAGUGACCAGAAUGAUGACUCGAUAAGAAGAGAUAAUGGGUUGAAGGUCCGCAAGACCUCAGUUAGAGUAGAAGAGAAGGGGGGAGUUAAGUCAAAAUCUCCAAAGACCCGCAAUGUUCCACUCCCUAGUGCCUCUGAUGCUGAUGAGAGCCUUGCAGCAUCAUCUGGUGUUCAUAAACUUUUCAAAAAAUGGCUGACAAUCUUGUGCUCACCACCAUCAAAUCAAAGAGUGGAGGAAAUUUUGGGAGAACCACCCCCAGGGGGUCUACCGGAAACUUCACAAGGGAUGCAACGGAUUGAAAAAAGUCAGACUUUGAAGGUUGUGUGGUCUACUUUUCAGGCCCUGGAUGCAACAAUAAAGAUCCCUCUAUUAAUAUUUGCUCCUUUCUUCCUUGCUGUUAAUGCAAUUUAUGGUCCUGAAGUGUCCAAGGAGUUAACUCCGUUAUGGGUUAUGGGGCCAUUCAUUGUGGCUCUCUACAUCAAGAUGGUGCAGGUGCUGUGUGCACUUUAUGUCUACAGCUUCAAGCAGACUGUGAAAGUAAUCAAGAGUUUACCCUCAUUCUGCAAAUUAGCCCACAACUAUGUUUUUGAUGGCAAGAUCAAAGAAGAUAUUAAAGUUCAUAUUUUGCAGCCUAUAUUGAACAUAAAAAAUGCAGAUUAUAAACAGCUGACAAUAAAAUUGUUGAAAGUAUUGGCAGAAUGGAUCGGAGAGAAGUAUCUUGAUUUUGUGGAAUCAAUAUGGCCUUAUUAUUGUCGAACAAUCAGAUUUUUAAAGAGAUCUAAUCUUAUAUAAUUUUGAAAAUAAUUUUGAGGUUAAGUAUACGGGGAGGGUUAAAAUAGAAAAUAUUGGAGGUAGGGGGAGUUCCUUGAAGUGGAUUUUGUGGCCAAUCACAUUUUAUGUUAGGUGUCUCUUGAACCAGUUAAUGGUCACUAACAACUCAGAAUGUAGGAAGUUCCCCAUUUCUGUUAUAUUGAAAACAUUUUUUGGUCAUAUAUUAGACUGCAACUGUAUUGAUUGUAAGUACAAGGUUGUGUAUUACAUUGAUUCUAUUAUUAUAUAUACAAUGUAAUAAUUGGAAGUUGGCAUCCAUUAUACUCAAA